ACGUGUACAUGUAGAAGUGCUGUCACUGACAACGUGUAGAGACAUGUCUCAAAGUAAACCUGAAGAACGUCUAGCUUUGGAGCUGAGCUGUCCGAUCUGCUUGCAGCUAUACAUUGAUCCUGUGACCCUUCCUUGUGGACACAAUUAUUGCUUGAGUUGUAUACGAAAUGCAGCAGGCGCAGAAGACCCCAAGAACCCAAGAUGUUGCCCAGAAUGUAGGGAAGAGUACGGUAGCCCAGAAACACUGCCAAAGAACUUCAAACUCAGUGGUAUUGUAGACGGGUACCUGGCAGCUACGUCCAGUGGCAGACUGAAAGAAGAACCUGUAGUGCUGUGUGACCAGUGUCUAGAAGAUCCCGCAGCUGCUGUAAAAUUCUGCAUACGCUGUGAAAUGUCGUUGUGUCCUAGCCACCUCAAGCGGCAUGAGGAACGGCACCGUUCUAUAGGGCAUAUAUUGGAGGAGCUACCCAUACAACGAGAUGGAAAGAGAUGCCCGGUGCACAGGAAGGUAACGGAAUAUCUGUGUGCACAAGAGAGAAUGUUUCUCUGCUCAGAGUGCGUGAUAGAAGGGGCCCACCAGAACCACGAUGUGCAGACAUUUGAGGUAGCAAAAGAAGAAAUGCAGAGAGUUCUGGAAGGGCUGGGAAAAGCUCUGUCUGAUAAGCUACAGAUGACAGAAGCUCUACUCAGAAAUGCCAAUGAACGAGAUGGACCUGUUGACAAGACAGAAGAUAAACUGGUGGCCAGGGCAAACAUAUUGCUGGACAAUAUGUCUACAUUAAUAAGCACAUACAAGAGUCUUAUGAGCACUGCGAUGGACAAAGAACUUCAUUUGCGUGGCAAAAGCUGUCAGGCCAAUCUGAGUGAUUUGGAGAAUUGUCAACAGCUGCUGCAAGAAGCCCACCAGAGUGCCAGUAAUGUUCUUUCUGAAUCCUCAGAGUUUCUCUUCAUUCAGCGCUACCUUAACAUUGAAACAAGGGUCCGCCAGGCUGCUAACACCACCAUUCCUUGCCCACCUACCCAAGAACCUUCAUGUGCCAAACACCUACGCAGUACCCUUCAAACAGACACCUUCCAUGCCGAGAUGAGUCUUCUACUGGAGCUUCUCCAUGGUAUGAUGAACCCUCUAGACCUGACCUUCAACCCAGCCACAGCCCAUCCCAGCCUUAUCCUGUCUACUGAUCUCAAAACAGCCAAGCAGUGUGCGGGAGGGAAGAACAGCAGUGCUGGAGACCAGGGUGAGCGGUUCUCUACCGCAACUCAGGUCAUGUGUUCCCAAGGUUUCUCUGCAGGAGUUCACAAGUGGGUGGUGGAGAUAGGGCCUGGAUGUAUGUGGUCAGUUGGACUGUGCUACAAAAGCAUCCUGCGUAAAGGUGAUCACAGCAGGCUGGGGCAUAACACUAGCUCCUGGAAGUUGCAGUGGAAGAACAAGAAGCUGACGGCAUGCCACGAUUCGGCUAAUAUGGUUGUAGGUGACGGGCUGAUUGUGCCACCUAAGAGGGUCGAAGUGACCCUAGAUUAUGAAGGAAGAACUGUUGCAUUCCAUAGCACAGGUCAUGGAGGAAGAAAGCAGCAUCUUCAUACGUUUAGUGCCAUGUUCAAGGAUAUAGUGUAUCCUGCAUUUGGGAUCCACUCUACCUCGGAGGAGUCUUGGAUCACAAUUUUGAGUGGAGUUUGAGAGACA